AUGGAGUAUUGCGUUCCCGGACCUAUGAUUUUCUCGGUGGAGCCAGUGGUGUUCCCCGAUACCGUUGAGAGCACCGACGAGUUCCCCAGACCCAGGGGACCCAUGCGAAGCUCGUUUGGCAGGAUGCUUCCCAAGCCCCGACCGAACCAUGCUGUCCCCGCUGUCCCUGCUGACCCUGCUGGUAGUGGUACCGAAGACCCGAGACUGCGUGGGGUCAAGCGCACGGUGAUGAAGAGCAAGCUCGAGGUACCCAAGGGCAGGAAGCGUGCUUCCACCAAGGCUGUGGUGAAGAAGAAGCGUGGUGCGGCCGCCAAGAAGAGUGGACUGCCGAAGACCACUGGCAUCCCAAAGCCCGGUGCAAAGGGAUCCAACAAGACGGCCAACCCCGAAGGGAGUACCAGCUGGCUCUUCUGUAAGAAGCGGUUCUGCAGCGAUCCCCAAGCCAAACGAAAUUAAGGAGCAGCGAUCUCCCGAUGAAUUUGUUCUGAUAUACGGAACUACUACUCCUACACAAGGAUUUUAAUUUACACCAUGAUCCAAAUCCAAAUCUAAGGAUCCGGCCUUUAGACCAAUUUCAUAAUAAAGACGCCGCCAGCCGAGCACCGAAAGGGAUGCUCUGGGCCAGGUCCAUUACGGACCUGCAGAUGGCCACAGAGACAUUGUAUUUAAAAGUAA